UCAGAUACCCAAACAACCACAACAUGUAAAAACGCCCCCGCCUUUCGUUCUCAUAAAGCUAGAACAGACGUAGACCGACGUCUCAGUCAGUGGCACCGCGACGCCCGAGUUACACACCACUCACACAUACACGCACCGUCAUGUCGAAACGCAACAAGGAACUGGAAGCCGAAGUGCUCGACUGGAUUUCGAAGGUACUGGGGGAACCCUUGCCGAAGGGCGACUUCGAAGACAUCCUCAAGGACGGCGUGGUGCUCUGCAACCUCAUGAACAAACUGGCACCGGGUUCCGUUAAGAAGAUAGCCACCAAAGGUACCAACUUCCAGCUCAUGGAAAACAUCCAGAGGUUCCAAGCGGGCAUGAAAGCCUACGGCGUGCCUCAAGAGGAAAUAUUCCAAACGGCUGACCUUUUCGAACGGAGGAACGUCGCACAGGUCGCGUUAUCAUUAUACGCGCUGGGAAGGUUGACCCAGAAGCAUCCAGAAUGGAACGGUCCAACUUUGGGGCCGAAAAUGGCCGAGAAAAACGAGAGGACGUUCACGGAAGAACAGUUGAGGUCCAGCGAGGGAUUACUCAACCUCCAGAUGGGUUACAAUAAGGGCGCGUCCCAAGCCGGUUUGGGCUCGUUCGGCAAUACGCGUCACAUGUAAAAGUAUAAAUUUUCGGCAAAAUUUCGGGAAUAUUCAUUUGGCACGCGGUCUACGUUUAUUGACAUAAUCUGGCGUUUAUUUUUACGCGUGGGGGGCGGGGGGAGGCGUGGCCGAAAAUAGAUUUUAGUGUUUUCGCGGGGAACUGGUAAACAAAAUUCUGGAACGCGUGUGCAGACAAAAAUUUUUUGCACUUUUAGAGUAAACUAACUAACGUACACGUAAAUUAUUAUGUUGAAGUUUAUAUUGAAAAAUGUAAUAAAAAGGUCGUUAUUUA